UUAGAUGUAGCCGGCUGCGGCCGGGAGCUGUGCCAGGAGCUGUGCCGGUGAGCCGUGCCAGGGAGCCGUACCGGCCGCGGGCACUCUGAGCUCAUGGCCCCGGGCAGUGGGAGCUGGCCACGGAUGCCCUAAUGGCUCGGCGGGGCUGGUGGCCCUGGAUGACGUCCUACCUCCGUCCCCCUGGCCGCGACCUGGAGCGUUUCGAUGGGCUUUCUCUCAUUUACUGGACACUCAUGGGACCAUAUGGGUUGCGUCGUACGGUACACUGCUUUGAUUUCUACGACUGUGAAAAUGGGCUGGGUAUUAAGGUAAUUGGUGGCAUCAAGGAACUCACUGGAGAAGAAUAUGGAGUUUAUGUCAAGAGGAUCCUUCCAGGGGGUGUUGCUUAUGCAGAUGGGCGCCUGCAGCCAGGAGACCAGAUCCUAGAGGUCAAUGGAGAUUCUCUAAUUGGGGUCGCAAGAGAGAGGGCUGUGGACAUCCUGAGGACGGCAUCGGCCACCAGCCACAUGCACCUUCUUAUAGCCCGCGAUGAUGACGCCAGGAGAGAGUUCUGUGAGCUGCUGGAAAAGUACAGCUCCCAGAGCAACACGGGCUCAGCACGGAGCUCACCAAUCCAGCACAGUGGCAGACGGUACCUGGAAAGUACAUCCUCAGGCUCCUCCCCAUGUUCUCAGAGCCCGCUGCUGCUGAGCCCCGCCGAUUCCCACGGCCCCUUCAUUGGGAACCCGGCACGUCCCCUUCAUGCGCACUACUCCAUUGAAUCAGGAAUCCAGAGCAUUUCUAUAGCAAAAUCCUCCGGCUUAGGGCUGACAAUCUGUGGUGGAUCUAACAGGCCUGAUGGCCCCAUGAUUUAUGUUCAGGAGCUUAUGCCAGAUGGUGACUGUUACAAGGAUGGUCGUCUCCAACCCGGUGACCAGCUAAUCGCUAUCAAUAAAGAUUCUUUGGUGGGAAGCACACAUGAAGAGGCCAGAAAAAUAAUUUCAAAAGCCAAAUUGAGACAUGAGGGAAACACAGAAGUGGCCUUUAUUCCUGGAAGGGGACGGUUACAUCCUGGACUGUCAGUUCAUAACAACAUCCCAGCACCACCUCCAAAGGCUGUGGGAAACGGCCUGAAUUCCUGCAGACUGAGGGUCCACGUGAGGUCCCCAGAGAAUAGACGGGAAAAUAAUUUUUCAGUGCCUUCUUUGUCACCGGACACUUGCCCACCAGAGCUUACCACCUCAGCACCCGCUUUGGCAUCUAAUCAUGAAGCAGCUUCAGACACCAAACCAAAAGUAGCACUGGAUCCCCAUGUCCGGCUCAAGGAAGGGAAACUGGAACUGGUUCUGCAGUAUCUUGGUCUGGAUGUGACUGAGGAGAAGAAGAGGCUGUUAAAGCAAAGCUUGACCACAGACUCACAGGGGACGGUGGCCUACGGAGAUCUUCUCCAAGCACUCAGGGAUCUGAUGCAGGAGGAGCUGAACGAGGCAGGUCUGGAUUCUCACUCCAUGCUCUUCACGCAGCAUGAAGUGGCCAGUUUGCUGGAUACAUCUGCUUUUCACUCUCUGACCUUCGACUCUCUCAGCUGCAAUGGCAAUGAGGAGCUGGAGCAGCUGCACCUGGAAAUGAUGGAUCUGCGGCAAGAAGUCCGAAGGCUAAAGUCGCUCCUGAAAGAGGUGGAGAACAGCAAGAAGUCAAUGGAAGAUGAGCUUCAGAGACUAAACCAGAAAGCACUGGGGUUCCUCUCCGAGAACCGGACGCUGCACAGCAAGCUGCAGAUGGCAAAGGCUGUGCAGAGGCAGGCUCACAGCGCGGAGCAGGACUAUGAGGAAGCAAUCCACUUGCUGGAAGCUGAAAUUGCAGAACUGAAGAUGCAGUUGGCAGGGAAGAAAGCAAAACACGUCUCCGAAAUAGAGGAGGACGUCCGAGAACUGAAAAGACAGUUGUCCCUGGCUGAUGGCCAGUUACGAAAAUCAGAAGUCUCGCGGAAGCGCCUGGAGAUCUGCAAUAGGAAACUGCUCCUGUUUGUGCAGAAUGUCCACAAGGUCCUGAGCACACCCAGUCAUUUACCAGAUGAGAAAAGGGUCAACAGUGAAACAGAAGGGCAUAAAACAGAUGCAGUCUCAGAUACAUCUCUUCCAUCUUCAGAUGUUGUUGGCCUUUUGAUAUCAGAAGCUAAAGAACUGUUAGCAUCAUUCCUCUCCAACAAGGAUGGUUUGCCAUGUGACAGGGACGAGUGCCUGCCUGAUAAAGGAAUCCCAAAUCACAAGGACCAUCUUCAUCAGAAGACUACGUGGCCCCCUCCCGCAAGCCAGACCAAGGGUCAUCAGCUGCAUCCAGCAAGUCCAACCAAAGAACUGCCUAAGUAGCCUACAUCGACCUUUCAUGGCUUGCUCGUGUUCCAAACUGCGACUGUCCAUAACACAGCUACUGCUGUGCUGGGAGAUGAGAAGGACACACCAUGGGUGCUUCAGCUUCCAGGCAAAACAGACUGAGAAAAAAGUUUUCUAACAUGAGACUUUGUGUUUCUUCCUAACUAUCCAAGACUUUAUCAAGAACCUCCCCUGCACGUCUACCUCUGAAUUAUCAUACAAGGCUAUUUGCUCAAGGUUUUGUAGCUUUAUAGGAAAAAUAUUCCUGAGAGGCUACAAGGGCCUGGAUUUCACUGGCAGCCUUUUAGAGCUUGUAUUCUGGGCAGUAAGAGGAGCAUGAACGUACCCAAGGGACUUAGGGGUCUCCAACAGAUUCCUUCUGGUAUUUCAUAUGAAAAACCAAAGUAUAUUUAGUGACUGUAAUCAAAGCAGCCUAAUCUGUAUCAUCCUAGCUGUCUUGGGACAGGUACUUCUCUUUUUAUUCUUUUUGUAUAGCUUAUUCCAGCUGCAAUGCUUGAAAUGGAAAGCACCAUCUCAUCUACCUGUUGGACAAAGAGUGCAGAGAUAGCCAGUUGUAUGCUACUGGCGAUGAUGUAUUGCUGAACACCAAGCACUCCCUGGAGCGCAAGAGAGGACAUAGUGAAUAUAUUUCAAUAAAAGCCCGCAGUGUCACUUGGAAAUUACAUACACUUGGUGCAAGAGUGUAUGUGGAUAGCAAUGAACGGGCUAGAGAUCCAAGAUGAGCACAAGUUCUGGAAAAUAAAAUGGAAACGCUGCUCACAAGGUGUUUGCUUUCUGGGUUAUGAUUGCAGCUGCUGUGUCCAGCAUCUUUGAGACAAAUACCCUGCCUGGGUCCAUUUUUUCCUCCCUCUUAUUUUGGCAGCUGGUAGCCAGAUGCAUUGAGAAGUUGCAGGAAAAUGGGGUGCGUUCUGGCUUUUACACAGAAUUGUUACACUUACUUCAAAUCUCCUUUGUAGGGGUUCAAAGCGUGUGGAUCCUUCAUACCCUAAAAUAAGGGCUUAGGAAAAAUCAUGACCUUCACCAGUAUCUACUGUACUUGAAGAUAUCACUGCACUGUGAGAACAGUAACUCUGUUGUGGAAUCUGAGUCACAUAAAUAACCAGUCUGAAAUUUUGGUUAAACUUAAUCUUACAGCUCAGAGUAAAUGAAAUCUUUUGAAUGCAUGCCUCAGGAUAUAAAUUAAAGGAC